GGCCACGCCCAGGUUCUUGCCUCUCCCUGAAGCGAGGCUUGCUGUAUAUUUUCCCGCCAUUUCCAGCUCUUCGUGAGGAGCACUGGAUGAUUUCGGUGAGAUCCAAAGCCUUCUGGGAUCACGGCGGCCAAGUGGAAUGGAUUGGUUUCACUGCAACCGGUGUUUCCGAAAAGAUGGGGCCCAUUUCUUUGUCACCAACUGUGGCCAUAUUUUCUGUAGAAAGUGUGUGACUCUGGGAAAAUGUUUUAUUUGUAGAGCUGCCUGCAAGCAUCUGGCUCUUUCUGAUAAUAUGAAACCUCAGGAGAAGAUGUACUUCAGAAACCCUGUGGAGACAGCUUUGCAGCAUUUUAGUCACAUCUCUCAGGUGUGGAGUUUCCAGAAGAAACAAACAGAUCUCCUCAUCGCCUUUUAUAAACAUAGAAUUACAAAGUUAGAAGCAGUUGUGCAGGAGGCACAGCAAACAGUGACCAGCCAGGACAAAGAGCUGUCUGUCUUAAGGAAGGAGAAUGGAGAAUUGAAGAAAUUUCUAGCCAUCCUGAAGGAAUCUCCAACUUGGUACCAAGGAAGCAGGUCAAUGACACCUCGACCAGUGGGCAUUACUUCCCCAUCACAGUCAGUUACUCCACGACCCAGUUCUCAGCAUAGCAGCCAAGUGGUCAGUCGGCCCUCCUCAGUGGAGUCUAUUCCUUAUAGAGUGGCUGGUCUUAGUAGCAUGGGACAAGGAGCCAGAGGCCUUCAGGAAAGGAGCACUCCCAGAGACUCCUAUACUGAAACCCCUUCGCCAGCUUCCACUCAUAGCAUGUCUUAUAGACCUUCAUCUGCAUCCUCUGGACUGGGGAGUUUUUCUUUCAGACCACCUCUAAGUGGUGGGGAUUCAGGCCACACAAGAGUCCUCACCCCCAACAAUUCAGGUCAGAGAGAGAGCAGAACCCCACAAGAGAGUCUUCCUGGUUUCCAGCUACCAGUCCUGCAGACUCUCUACCAACAAAGGCAGAUGGGAAUAGCCAGGGAGAGAGAAGCAUGGACCACUCCCAGAUAGACCAUCUUCAAGGUCUGAUCUAUACAUACUGCUGAAGGACGGACUAUAGCAUGUAAUACCCAUUAGACAUGAUGGCCUUGGGAAAUGUACCCCUGCCUGGUUUCUUCUUUUCACUCUGUACUUUUGAUCUUGUAUUACCUCCUUGGAGUGGUCAGGUUUUAUAUAAGACUAGUACUUCAGGAAGAUGUGUAUAUUUCUCCUACAAGAUACAUGUAGCUUUCUCAUUUCUUACAAUUUGAAACAAAGGUGGUAAAAACAGUUCUUUUCAUCCUUGGGGGUGGGAGGUCAUAUGUUUAUUAGCUAUUGUUUUAUUUCUGGAUUUAAUUUCUUAGCUUCCCAUUCCCCCAUUGCCAAUGUUAUCGAAUAAUUCUGUUCCUCAUCCUAAUUUAUACUUUUUUUUCUAUUUGCCUCAUUUCUUUUUUGCCUAGUUAUUAUUACAUAUGUUGAUUUUCCUGUUAAUGGUUGGAUACACAGACUUUUAGCUUACUAAAGUACAUAGAUAAUAAAGAGGAUUCCCUUUUAUUGCUA